AUGGAGCCAGCUAUUAUACGAUUCGCCCAGGCGAACGUCAGCCGUGUUCGCAUGGCCGGCUUGUUCUUUUGCCCACUCUACAUGGCAGUACGGCUAUCAUGCCUGAUAUGUGCAACUGAGACCAAUUACUGGAUGUGGAUGAUAUUGAUACUCGAAGCCUUCUGGACAUACCAGUCACUGCUUAUAAAAAUUCCUAGACGGACUGAGAGAACGCCAAAGAAACUUCAUCUAGCUAGAGAUGAUACGUUACCUUCGGUAGACAUUCUACUACCAUGCUGUGGUGAACCAGUGGAUAUCAUUCGCGACACCAUACGUGCGACCUGUGUCAUCGACUACCCCCAAUCUGCAUUUCGGGUACUCGUCUUGGAUGAUGGAAAUUCUCCCGCGCUUCAACAGGCAGUAGAGGAGUUGCGUCAAACCUGGCCAAACCUCCUCUACUAUAGCAGAGGAACUAAGCCGAGCCAGAAAGUCUUUGCGAAAGCAGGAAACCUGAACUUUGGCUUAUUUGAUAUUCAAGGAAGCAUGGACAAGCCUCCCGAGUAUAUCGCCUUAUUCGAUUCGGACUUUCUGCCUGCUCCCAACUUCCUGCGAGCCACGCUUCCUCAUCUAUUGCGGGAUGAUAGUGUUGGACUCGUAGGUACAAGGCAAGACUACUAUAACCUUCCCCCAAGGGAUCCGAUUGGCCAAAAUAUGGCAAUAUUUUGGGAGGUUUAUGCACCCUGGAUGAAUGAAACGGGGUCGAGUAUGGUAUCAACUUCAGGAUGUGUCAUGCGCCGCGAUCUAGCCGUCGAAGUGGGCGGAUUUCCCACUAUAAAUGAAGUGGAGGAUCUCACUCUGUCGAUCCUGUUGCCAGCUUAUGGGAAGCGCGUCGUUUAUCUCACUGAAAUGCUGCAGCUUGGACGCGUGCCAACUUCGUUGGAAGGCCAUGUCCGGCAGAACCGACGAUGGAUCACUGGCUUGGUCCAGCUGAUCGGUACUCCUUGGGCACCAUCCAGGGAGUCUAUCCCGACUUCGUCGAGAUAUCAUAUGGCAUUGUUUGGUAUUGUCUGGCUUUUGACGCCUCUGAUUCAGGUUGUCGGAUGUGCGACAAUCGCUUCUGCGUUAGUUUCACGCCAACAACUUGUCCCACACAAUCUACUUCAGGUCCAGAUCCCAUUAUCCUUGGUAUCAUUUGGUCUCAUUUUCCUGUAUGAAUGGCUCAAGGCUGCAGCAACGGGCUUCCUAAUGCCCGCAUUUGCUCAUUUUGGUGACCUGUGGAUAUGUGCAGACCGACUGUGGACUGUGAUUCAAUUCCAUAUAUUCGGUUUACAGGCUGGUAGAUCUGUAGUGACUGGUAGUGCCCAGAACAGCUGGAACAAUCCCAACAUGGUCCCCACGCGAAUGAGACAGUUGAAAAGGGACUUGUGGGAUUCUGGGGUUGGCUUCAACGUCCUUUUCGUGAUUGGCACCCUCGCUGGAAUUUUCCAUUCGGUAAUGGACAUCGUCGAGAGAUAUCAUCCCGACUGGCAGUUUCGUCUUAUGACCACCUUGCUCUACCCUCCUGUUGUCCUUAUUCCCACUGUCAUGCGUCAUAUGGCCGCCUCAAUAUCCUUCUCGAAAAGCAGUCUUCGAGACUCACCCGAGUGA